CGGGUUCCCCCUGUGGGAUUUUUUUAGGGCCCCCCCCCCCCCAGGCGGUUUUUUUGGGCGGUUCCGCUUUUUGGGCCCCCCCCCCGCCCCCACAAUGGGAAAACCCAGUGGGGGGGGGAGGCGGGGUCUAAUUAACAUAAUUUAACAAUUUAACAUAAUUUAGCAUAAUUUAGCAUAAUUUAACAUAAUUAACAACCUGAGCCGUUAAUUACCGCACAGCUCGUUAAUUGGGGGAGCGGGCAGCGCUCAUUAAUUGGGGGGGAGGGGGCGGAGGGGUCCCCCCCAAGCUCCUCCCCCCUCCCCCGGUGUUUCCGGUUCCCGUUUCCGGUCCCGGGGGUCCCGGGGCCGCCCCGUGCGGGGGCCGGGGGGGCCUUUAAGGCCCGGGGGGGGCCGGGGCCGGGUCAGAGCCGCCAUGGCCGGGCCCCCCCGGGCCCGCGUGCCCGGAGCCGCCGCCGUGGCCGUUCCCGGUGCCCCCGGUGCCGCCGCCGGGCCCGCGGUGCCUCCGGCGCUGUCGCUGCUGCUGCCGCUGCUGCUGCUGCUGCUGCCGGCCGGGGCCACGCGGCUGCCGCCGCAGGAUCUCCCAGAGAUGCCACCCCCAGCACUGCCCGCCUCCUCCUGGCCCUCGUCCCGCGGCUCCCUGCGCUGGCAGGCGGGCGUGGCGCCGGCGCUGGUGCGGAACGGGGUCCGCCUGCGCGGGAACCGCCUGGUGGUGCCCCGGGACGGGCUCUACUUCGUCUACGCCUCCGCCGCCUUCACGGGCGGGCGCUGCGGGCCCGGGGGCGCCCCCCGGCGGCCGCUGCGCCUGGCGGUGUCCCGGUUAUCCCGGGAGUACCCCCGGGACGUGCCCCUGCUCCGCGCCGCCCGCUCCGUCUGCCCGGCCGGGGGGCUCGGGGGGCUCUGGGCAGAGACCCUGUACCAGGGCGCCGUGUUCCAGCUGCGCCGCGGGGACCGGCUGGCGGCCACCACCUCGGCCGGACGCUUCCUCGACCUGCACGGCGCUGGACAGGCCUAUUUUGGGGUGCUGGGGGUCGAUUAGGGGC